AUUGAGAGAAAGAAAGGAAGAAAGUGGUAGGAAAGGAUAAUAAACAUUUCGAGUGGUGCAUCUAUAGAUCUGGUCUUGGUAGAACACAAGGUGAAAAUACUAGAGAAAAAGGGUAGCAAUGCCUUCUAACUAGGUCUUGGAAACUGAGUGACGAGGUUCUUGCAGCAGUGGAGGGUCUUUCUUCACUUCCUCCUUCGAUUCACAACGUUGAUGAUGCCGUCUUCAUCUUCAAUCGCUUGCUCCGAACUCAUCCUACCCCAUCCAUCAUCGAAUUUGGUCAAAUCCCUUUCGCAUUUUCCGUACUCGCUAAAAUUCUCAAGAAGGGUUAUCAGCCCGACACCAUCACCUUCACUACACUUAUCAAAGGCCUCUGUCUUAAUGCUCAGGUUCAGAGAGCACUGCAAUUUCAUGAUCAACGGGUUAUGUAAGAUGGGGCAAACAAAACCUGCAUUGCAGUUGCUGAGAAAAAUUGAAGGGAAAUUGGUUCAGCCUGAUGUCGUAAUGUACACCACUAUCAUUGAUAGCCUCUGCAAAGAUAAACUUGUGACUGAUGCGUUCAAUUUAUAUUCUGAAAUGGUUAGCAAGAGAAUUUUACCUAAUGUUUUCACUUACACUGCUUUAAUAUAUGGCUUUUGCAUUGUGGGUCAAUUGAAGGAAGCAACUGAGUUGUUAGAUGAAAUGGUGACAAAAAACAUUGACCCGGAUGCUUAUACUUUUAGUAUACUGGUCGAUGGUUUAUGUAAGGAAGGAAAGGUGAAAGGAGCUAAAAAUGUGUUAGGUGUCAUGAUGAAACAAGGUGUGAAACCGAAUGUUGUUACUUAUAAUUCUUUAAUGGAUGGGCAUUGCCUAGUUAGUGAAGUAAACAAGGCCAAAGACAUAUUGAACUCCAUGCCUCAAAGGGGAGUUACUCCUGAUGUCCAGAGCUACAAUAUUAUCAUUAAUGGAUUAUGUAAGAUUAAAAUGGUGGAUGAAGCUUUGAAUCUCCUUGCAGAAAUGGACUGCAAAAACAUUAUUCCUAAUACAGUAACAUACAGUUCCCUUAUUGACGGUUUAUGCAAAUCAGGGAGAAUCUCUCAUGCUUGGAAGCUUGUUGAUGAGAUGCAUGUUAAAGGUCAACCAGCCAAUAUAAUCACCUACAAUUCUUUAUUGGAUGCUUUAUGCAAAAGUCAUCAUGUUGACAAGGCAAUUGCUUUAAUCAAGAAAAUUAAUGACCAGGGCAUUCAGCCAAAUGUCAACACAUACAAUAUACUUAUGGAUGGACUAUGCAAAGAAGGAAGACUCAAGAAUGCACAAGAGGUUUUCCAGGAUCUUUUAGUUAAAGGCUAUCAUGUAACGGUCCCAACAUAUAAUAUUAUGAUCAAUGGGCUUUGUAAAGAGGGUUUGUUUGAUGAAGCGUUGGCGUUGCUGUCAAAAAUGGAAGACAACGAUUGCAUUCCUGAUGCUAUAACUUUUGAAACAAUCAUUGUUGCUCUCUUUGAGAAAGGUGAGAAUUAUAAGGCAGAGAAACUUCUACAUGAAAUGAUGGCAAGAGGUCUACUGGAAAAGUAAGACUAGGCCAUUCAUGAUCACUGCAAUCAAACAAGGCAGAUGACAGCAAGAUUCCUCAACUAGUCACCUGUGUUUAAUUGAUAAAAUGGUUACUGUAUAUAUUUAGACCUUUCUUUUAUAAUCAAAGAAAUGUUUAUUGUAUAUUUUUAGGGACAUUGUGAGGGAAUGUUCAAUGAAACUAAUGGUGUUGGGUGUUACAAUCUUUGAGCUAUUGUCAGAAGCUCUUGGCCUUAAUCCUUCUUAUCAUAAAGAAGUGGACUGUGCUGAGUCAGUUUUUUAUUAUGGGUAAUACUAUCCACCAUGCCCUGACCCGAAUUAACUACGGGCCCUACAAAGUGCAAAGCACACUGAUGGUGACUUCAUGACAGUACUUCAGCAAGAACAGAUGGGUGGGCUUCAAGUUCUUCAUCAGAAUCAGUGGGUUAAUGUUCGCCCUGUGGUGCUUAUCAUAAACAAUUUAGAUGUUUUACAGGUGAUUGCUGUAGGGAGUGUUUGUAUUGUUGUUUUCCAUCUGCAACCAGCAUUUGUUUUAUUAAGAUUCGAGGGAUGAGUACAACUUCAUAUUUGUCCCUAAUUUACCUUUACCUGCAUGUAUAAUGUAUAACACGAUGGUUGAUAGCAUAGCUGUGACAUUCAUUGUUUGGAACU